AUGGACCGUAAGGUUUUUGAUAUCCAGCCCAUUGGCCGAUUCUACGGCUCCAGCACCUCUAUCCGACGUCCCAGGGAAAUCGCUUGCUUUUCGUAUGACGAUGAACAUCAGUUUCAUCUCGGAGAGCCGUCCCUGCGGUACUAUUAUCCACCGCGUCUUCCGGCGGAUUUAAAUCGUGGCUUUGAAAGCUUCCAAAAACUGGAUGAUUCGGCCGAUGAGCAUCUAGAUGCCCUUCUGGGUACAAUUCUUGCUGUCGAAAAGGACACGGGGAAGAAAUGCGAGGCCGACGUCAUCACCUGGAGAGGCAUGAUGACCAAGAUCUUGACCGCUCCGUUUGAUACGAUGAACGGAUGGGAAAUGAACGCGACAUGUUUCCAGGUGAAUGCCCCCCUUUUUAUCGAAGAAAACAAUGCCUACAAAAACCACCAAAAACGGUUGCAGCACACUCAAAGAAUGCCUCCGGGAAUGCCCUCUCAGGAGAUGAUGGCCUACUGGGGUUAUAAAUUUGAGACCCUUUCUCUUCUCGAUCAGCCUUGGGACGCGACUCCUCGCGACAAGAUUGAGUCUCGUGAGGAGCUGAUCGUGAACAACAAUGCGCAAUAUUGCUCUGUCGUCCGGACAGGUAUUGGUAGUGCCCGGCUAGUGAUUGGUGGCGAGGUUGAUGCCGUUUGGGAUUCCAAACCUGACCGCAAAGAAGAUCCGAUCAACUGGGUGGAGCUUAAGACCUCAGCCGAGAUCAAGAAUGACCGAGAUAUGAUCAAAUAUGAGCGAAAACUCCUGAAGUUCUGGGCUCAAUCUUUUCUACUUGGCGUUCCGAAGAUCAUCGUGGGAUUCCGUGACCAACAAGGCAUUGUCCACCGGCUAGAGGAACUUGACACGGCAAGCUUACCCGGCAAGGUCAAGAAGAUGGGGAAAGGAACAUGGGAUGGUAACAUUUGCAUCAACUUUGCUGCUGCAUUUCUUGACUGGCUAAAAUCAACGAUCUGCGAAGAAGGAACCUGGAGAAUUCGAAAGCUUGAAAAGUCCUCCGUUAUCGAAGUUUUCAAGACCGAAGAAAGCGGGACGGGCGAUAUUCUUUCUUCCUCGUUUUCGAAUUGGCGAUCCUCGUCUUGA